AAAAUACAAGGCCCGAUUUUUUAAAAAGCUUCCUCAACUAUUAGUUGUUGAUGUUGCAGGCGAUAUUGACCCAAUAGACAUGGCUACCAUUCCCGAACAAUUACACAUUCGGUUUUCCACAAAUCAAGGAAAUAGAUAUGAGUUGGUUGCAAUCACACUAUGGAAGGGAUCGCAUUACACCGCAAAAAUCAGGUUCAAUGGCGUAUGUUUUUCUAUGAUGGUAUGUUGGAUGUUUUAGGAAAAACUUCACUCAAAGAAUGUUUUCCGGGUUAUACCCCAACAUAUUGCUUGUUCCUUGCGACACAACAACUCGCAGAUAUGAAAGCACCAACAGCACCAACGGACGAGCUUGAAAGUAGCCAAAACGAUAACAUACAGUUACCCGAAACUGCUACUGUAAUGGCCGACGAAUCAGAGGACGGUGCUGAACCAGUUGCGUUUAAAGAUAUGAAUGAUGAAGAAAAAUCUAUCUUCAUAUUAUCAUGUUUUACGCAAAUUGAAAUUGCUAAAGAAUCUGUGUAUGGAAACAGCUCGGUCCAAUUGGAUAAUCUGAGAUCUCCGUAUGAGGUGCCAGAAACUGUGGUGGAUGAGUUGGUUGAUAUAACGCUAGUUAGGGAUUUCUGCUCCAAAAAAGCAUACAGCAAAAUGGCAGCAACGAUACAGGAGAAAAAACAUGCGCCUUUGUGGAAAUGCAGUCAUUGCAGACGAAAAAUUGGAAAAGGAAGAUCAAUUGCAUGCGAUCGCUGUCUUGUCUGGUGUCAUUUUAAAUGCUCCAAAUUGGCUGUAAAACCCUUAGGGGACUGGUUUUGCGAUCUAUGUUUACAUAUUGCAAAAAAAGAUUUCCAGCAGCGUCAACAACAAAGAGAAGCAGAGAAAGAAGUAGAAGACGAAGAAGAAAGGGAGAGGCAAUGGAGGAGAGAGUUUUUGCCAUUAUUAUACAAAAACGGUACCCUGGACUACCUGGUACAACAAUCGAAGCUGCCUGAAGUAAAUCCACUACUUUUGAUUAAACGUUCUGGUAGCAAGUAUCAAGCAUUUUAUAACGAAAUACUGGCGAAAAAACAUCCUCAAUUUUAUCAAAAACUGAUGCGUCAUUCGAACAUUGCAGAGCCAACUGGAGUCAUCACCAAUUACAUUCGGAUGAAGUACCCGUGCGAAUUCGAUGUAGGGAGAUUAUCCUUAAACCGCAUUCAGUUUUUGUUGGUGGAAAUUAUUGAUAGAGUAAAUAAAAAAAGCGAUGUAAAGACCAUAAAUGAUAAUAUAUAGUAGUCUUCAUCUGUUUCUUGGUGUUUUAAGUUGUACGGAGUUGGUAUGGAUAAAAAAAAAUUCAAGUUAAGUAGAAGAAGUGAAGUAGGCCCAACCUCGUACACAGUUUUUUAAGUUGUACGAAGUUGGUAUGGAUAAAAAAAAAUUCAAGUUAAGU